AUGCGAUCUUCUCUUCGGUGCCUUGGGGAGAAUAUUCGACGGAGCAUAGUUCAUUCAAAUAAUGGUCAAUCUAUAGGAAAAACAGUCUACCUGACUCAUGUAAAGUGGGUUACUGGAAAGCAUCAACUACAGGAUUACUUUAGUCGAUAUGGACAUGUCCGCAGUGUGAAUAUGUUCUUUGACGCGGAAACGGGUUUGCAUCGCGGUUUUGCCUCUGUUACAUUCGAACAUCCUGAAAGUGCUACGAAGGCAAUGCAACAACGGCCACAUGUUAUAGACGGCGACAGGAUCGAUUUGGAGCCAUACAUUCCAAUGUUGUCGAAGAAGAAGGACGUAAUGUUGUAG